AACAACCCUAUAUGAAGGUCAUCUUAUGCAAAUCUCGGAUCAGUCCAAUUCCAGCCAUUGUAUUCUCUUUCUUAUGCAAAUCUCAAUCAACGCAACCUUCUUCCUUCAACUAAAGGCUGCUAACCUGCCUUCGCUUCGGCUUCCUUAGUGCUUUCGCUUCAGCUUUCUUCGUGCCUCCGCUUCAGCUUUCUUAGUGCCUUCGCUUCAAGUUCCUUAGAAGACACUGGAAGGAAGACAUUUCAAAGUGAAAAUGAUAAUGUCUUUUCUGGCUGCCUGCCUCUCCUCUUUUCUAUGUAAUUUGACUUUGAAUGAACGAGGCGGGUUAAUUUUAUAUAUGGUCAAGAAAGCGAGUCGAUUGUGAAAAGAGAGGAAGGGGAUCACAUGGAGGUGAUGGAGAGCUACUUGAAUGAGAACUUUGGUGGAGUCAAGGCCAAGCAUUCCUCCCAUGAGGUUUUGCAAAAGAGGAGGGAGGUUUGCAGCGUUGUCAAGAAACCCAAGCGGAGGUUCCGAUUUGCUGCCAAUCUCUCCGAGCGUUACGAGGCCGACGCUAUCCGCAAAACCAAUCAGGUGGGUUCUCACCAUGAGAACCCAUGGGUUCUCCAAGAGGGGGGAAGAGAAGGAAGAAGAGGGGAAGAGAGGGAAAGAAGAAGAAAAAGAAAGGAGGAGGAGGGAACCCAGACCUGGGUUCUCGGAGAACUUAGGUCGGGUUCUCCAAGAGAACCCAGGAGAAAAAAAAAGAAAAAAGAAGAAGGUGGGAAGCUGGUACGAUGAGAGUGUAAUAGAGUGUAAUACUAAUAGAGACUAAUAAAGUGUGGGAACUAAC